AUGAUGGAAAGAAUAAGAAAAGAGAUGAUUCUGAUGGAGAGAGGGCUGCACAGCCCCACGGCCGGCAAGAGGUUCUCCAAUUUGUCCGACUCAGCUGGCAAUGCUGUACUCGAGGCCCUGGAAAAUUCGCAGCACCCGGCUCGCCUCAGCCCUCGCCUGCCGUCCGCCCCCCUGCACAGCGCUCUGGGAGACCUCCCUGCCAAGGGCAAAUUCGAAAUAGACACUUUGUUCAACCUGCAGCACCCGGGCAGCGAAAGCACCGUCUCCUCCGAAAUUGCGUCCGCCGCGGAGGGCCGCAAAAAGCCGGGCCAUUAUUCAGAGGCUGCCGCUGAGGCGGACAUGAGCAGCGACGUGGAGGUGGGCUGCUCCGCGCUGCGCUCCCCCGGCGGCCUCGGCGCCGCGCCGCUCAAGGAAAACAAUGGCAAAGGGUACGCGGAGAGUGGCUCAGCUGCGGGCACCACGACGUCUGCGUCGGGCUCUGGCCUCGGCAGCCUGCAUGGAGGCGGUGGCAGCGGAGGCAGCGGCGGGGGCCCGGCUCUGGGAGGCUCCGGCUCCGGCGCGGAUCAGGUGCGGCGCUACCGCACGGCGUUCACCCGAGAACAGAUCGCGCGCCUGGAGAAGGAGUUCUACAGGGAGAACUAUGUGUCGCGUCCCCGCCGGUGCGAGCUGGCUGCUGCGCUCAACCUGCCCGAAACCACUAUCAAGGUGUGGUUCCAGAACCGACGCAUGAAGGACAAGCGGCAGCGCCUGGCCAUGUCCUGGCCGCACCCGGCCGACCCCAGCUUCUAUACCUACAUGAUGACGCACGCGGCCGCCACCGGAAGCCUGCCCUACCCCUUCCACUCGCACGUGCCGCUGCAUUACUACCCGCACGUGGGUGUUACGGCUGCGGCCGCGGCGGCUGCGGCCUCUGGCGCAGCCGCCGCGGCCUCAUCGCCCUUCGCCACUUCUAUCCGCCCGCUGGACACCUUUCGCGCCCUCUCGCACCCCUACUCUCGGCCGGAGCUGCUGUGCAGCUUCCGACACCCAGGCCUCUACCAGACGCCUGCGGCCGCCGCGGGGCUCAACAGCGCGGCCUCGGCCGCGGCCGCGGCGGCGGCGGCUGCGGCCGCGGCCUCCUCGGCCGCGGCAGCCGGGGCGCCCCCCAGCGGCGGCUCCGCGCCCUGCUCGUGCCUCAGUUGUCACAGCAGUCAAUCCGCCGCGGCGGCAGCCGCGGCCGCCGCCGCUGCUCUGGGGUCCCGGGGUGGCGGCGGGGGCGGCGGGGGUGGCGGCGGCGGCGCGGGGGCCGCCGGAGGCUCGGACUUCGGCUGCAGCGCAGCGGCGCCGCGCUCUGAGAGCGGCUUCCUGCCCUAUUCAGCUGCUGUGCUUAGCAAGACCGCGGUGAGCCCGCCGGACCAGAGGGACGAGGCGCCGCUCACUAGAUAA